AAUUCAGUUGAGGAAAAUUUAGCAACAAUGGCAAAGGCCCUUGUUCUUUUUCAGCUUUCAGUUUUAUUACUUAGCUCAUUCACAAUUGUUAGCCAUGCUCAAGAUGAGUGGUACUCAUUAGACAAAAAUGUUGACCACCUUGCACCAGCUCAAGCCCCUAAGCCACACCACCACCACCACCACCAUCCCCACCCCCACCCCAUAAGUUCCCCAGCCCCUUCACCAAUUUAUUAUCCAACAAAGCCACCAACUAAAGCUCCAACUAAGCCACCAACUAAAGCUCCAUAUAAGCCACCAACUUAUAGCCCAUCAAAACCACCAGCUAAGCCACCAGUUAAGCCACCAACACCAUCACCUUAUUAUCCUUCUAGGAAACCUGUAGCUGUAAGAGGACUUGUUUACUGCAAACCUUGCAAGUUUAGAGGGAUUAAUACUCUUAACCAAGCUAAACCACUUCAGGGAGCCAAGGUGAAGCUAGUGUGCAACAACACCAAAAAGACAUUAGUAGAACAGGCUGAAACAGACAAGAAUGGAUUCUUCUGGAUCCUUCCUAAACUCUUAAGCUCAGGAGCCUACCACAAAUGCAAAGUGUUUUUAGUAUCAUCAAACAAUUCUUACUGUAAUGUCCCAACAAAUUACAAUGACGGCAAAUCUGGUGCACUAUUGAAGUACACCCCACCAGCUCCAGCUACUCAUCUCCCUAUUAAACCACCCACCCCUAAAUAUGAUUUCUUUACUGUUGGACCUUUCGGAUUUGAAGCUUCAAAGAAAGUGCCUUGCAAGAAGUACUAAUUAACUUGGCAAAUUAGAAAUUAAGAUAGGAAGGGAUGAUGAAUGUUUAAGGAGUUAAUUUAAGUGUUGGAGAAAGAAACAAAUUAAAGAUUGUGUUCUUGUUAUUUCCAUUAAUAAAUGAUCAUGUAUGAGGAAAGAAGAAUGUAGUUUAAUUUUCUUGUUUUUUCAAUUUCGUUUAUGUAAUGUUUAAAGCCCAAACAAGUGAAAGGGAUUUAUAAA